GGGGCCUAGAGCUCGUCCAAUAUGGCGGCGCCCAGUGGCGGUGUGAACUGUGAGGAGUUCGCGGAGUUCCAGGAAUUACUCAAGGUGAUGAGGACGAUUGAUGACAGAAUAGUACAUGAAUUAAAUACAACGGUUCCAACAGCUUCCUUUGCAGGGAAAAUUGAUGCCAGCCAAACCUGUAAACAACUUUAUGAGUCUUUGAUGGAGGCUCAUGCCAGUAGGGACAGAGUUAUAAAAAAUUGUAUAGCUCAAACCUCAUCAGUAGUAAAACAACUCCGAGAAGAGAGAGAAAAGAAUUUGGAUGAUUUAACAUUAUUAAAACAACUUAGAAAAGAACAAACAAAGUUAAAAUGGAUGCAGUCAGAAUUGAAUGUUGAAGAAGUGGUAAAUGACAGGAGCUGGAAGGUGUUUAAUGAACGCUGUCGAAUUCACUUCAAGCCUCCAAAGAAUGAAUAAGAGGUUACUGUUUUUAAACGGACCGAAUCAUCUCAGAAGAGCUAAGAAUCACAGACAUUGGCAAGGUGGACAUCCUAGAAUGAUUUCUGAGCCAACAGUCCAAGACAUUUGGUUGAUUUCAGCCCUACUUAACCAAGACCUCAAGUAUAAAUAAUUCUGAUAAUUAUGGAGAAAUCAACUGCUAUUUUAUACUGAUUCUGUAAAAAAAAAAAUGUUUUGUAACUAUUAAAAUAAUUUUCUGACUCAGCGUACAUAUUUAUUUGAUUGUUUUCCAGGUUGCAAUAAUAGAUCUUAAAGAAGGGUUUGAAUGUAAUUUCAAUAUCUUAUUUGAUUUGUAUUGUGCCUUUUUUGAUUUUUAUAAUUUAUUGUCAUGGACAUUAACUCUUUUGGUCACUGGCAAUUUUACCCUUUAUAUAUUUUUGUGGGUUUAUUGCUUUUAAGUAAUACUUAACAUUUUAAAUACUGUCCAAAGAAAGUUUCUCUCAGUACUGUAUUUUAUUUUCAUAUGCAUAAACUGAACUUGAGUGUAAUGUAUUGCCUGGACAGUAUUUCCAUAGACAGUGAAAAGGGAAAUGGUAAAACAAAUUCAGAAAAGGAGAUUUAAAAAGGAUUGCAUAAUAUUUAAAUGCAUCAUUAAAAAUCUGUAAUUGUAACAUUUCAUUAUUGCAAAAAACACAUUUUAGUAAGCAUGAUUGGAUUAGUUUUCUGUUAUGCAAUUUAGCAUCUUAAAAUCAUACCUCUUUAUUAUAGUCCCAUGGAUCAGAAAUUCAGGCAAACUUGACUGGGCUCUCUGCUUAGGGUAUCAACAGGCUGAAAUCAAUUUGUCAGUCCAACAAGUCUCUGGGCUGGGAGGAGUUUGCUGCUAAACUCAUUCAGUUGGCAGAAUUCCUUGUGAUUGUAAGGCUGAAGUUCCCAUUUCUCUGCGCUACUCUGCUACUGGAAACUGCCCAUAUUUUUUGAUUGUUCUUUCCACCCCUCUUCAAAUUAGCAACUGUGUGGAAGGAGUCCUUUCGAUUCUUGGAAUUUCACUUCCUUUUCUGUGGUAAGUCAGAUGACGUGCUUUUAAAAGUUUUGUAAAAUUAAGAUUCUGUGCCCCUUGAGGCUUCAGACAGAAGCCAUCUGGUAAGUUGAACACCUGUGUUAUGGGCUGCUUUUGAGUAUGAAUUUCCCCCCUCAAAUUGUUUGACAGUCAGCGAUAAUAAAUGGUAUAAACAAAACUUGAACAGUCAACUGGGAGUCAGAUACCGUUAGCUGUUGCUGGGGACAAAAUUAUGACCUAGUUUCAACAAGAAGAAAUUUAAAACCAGCAGUGAAGUAGGUUUUCUAUAGGACUUUGAUACCAAUGUUAACUGGCAGAAAGUUGACUAAUUACUGGAUUGAAGAGUGAAUUGUAAGGGUGCAUGGCAAAAAUGAAACAGGACUUAGCAAAGAUCUGGAUGCUCAGGGAGAAUUCAGAAACUGUCCUUAUGAAGGACUCCUGAUAACCUUUAUAGAACUUCGGAUCUGCUAAAAAGUACCACCUAACUCACCCGACUACGUUGUAGAAUGCCUUUUCAUUACAAUAUAACAUUAAAAAUGUGCACAGAGGUGUGAAUAUAAAUGAAUAUUGGUGUGUUUGUGGUGAAUGGUAUUUAAAGCCUCAAGUAAGAAAUGGAUGGUGUGUUGCUGUUGAGAGUUGAUUUGCUUGCUGAAACCGUCUUGUAUAUAACUGCUGCUUUACAACAGUUUGUAGGUUUUGUUGCUGAAGCAUCAGUAAAAUGUUGACAGGAAAGGGAAUGUAUAGAAGUGCAGAGAUUCCUUUGACCCUCAGCAGGACAAAAGAUAGUCCUACAAGAAGUGUAGAUAAUAAUCAAUUUUGCUAAUUCUAACCUUUGAGUCUAGGCUCUAUUAGCCACUACAAAAACAUUACUAAAUUAAACAGGUAAAACUGUUCUCAAAGAUCUUAUAUGUAGUAAAGGGAGACAAUAGUAAAGAAGUAAAUAAUAUGCUGAAAGCUGGUGAAGUUCCUCUUGCUUUCCCUCCCCUCUCCUCCAACCUCCCCCCCCCCCCAGAAAAAAAAGCAGGGACUGGGGUGGAGAGUCGAAAGUGAGUGCCAAGUAACGGUUUUCAGCUGACUGGAGAACAUUACAAUGCCCUUGUCUUCAAAACAUCUAUUUAGAAGUCCAUGUAACAAAAAGGAAGGUUACUAAUAAGCCAUUUAAAAAAAAUUUUUCUCCAGUCUGAUUGUAAUCCUGAAAGACAAUCCCCAACGACAUAAUACCAAAUGUUGAAAUCCUGUAAGUGUCUCUGAAGUCUAAAAGCAUGAUGUUACAAUCCCAAAUGGUAAAAAAGUCCCAAAUAUUUAAAUUCUGGAAGCCCAAAUCUUCAAAAUUGGGUUAGACCACAAUCACACUCCAAAGCCAACUGCAGUCAGUGUUUGAAAGAUCAUAGUUGGAAGUAAAAACAGGUGAAACACAAGAGAUCUGCCUGUCACAUUCAAUCAUGUACAAUUUACUUAACAAAUAGCAUCAUGCUUGUCUUCAAAAAACACCUUUUGUCAAAUAAUAAAAGUAUUUCUGCAAGAGCAGCAACCUUUUAAAUAGAAGAUAUUGCUGAUAUAAAGGCUGCCCCAGUGUUAGAAAAUAUUUAAUGGUGAACUCAGGAAUUUGAAGAUAAACUCACAUUCACUACUAGGUCUAACAUAAAAACUAGUGCAAGCUUCACUUUGGAUAGUGGAUGGUACAUUCAAAACUCCUAAUGUUAUAUUAAUCAACUGUACACCAUGCGUCUGUUGGAUCCAAAAAUUCUGGAACAUACCCUCUCAUUUGUGUAUUAAAGACUGGAAAUGCAAAACUCUUAAUAGAUUUGGUGAAAUUGAAGAUGUCAAUAAUAAAGUUCUUUCCACCUAGUGUAUUUGGCUAAAGAUUCAAAUGUGUAGAUAGAACAUGAUACAGAAGCAAGGAUGAAAACCUCAGUUUCCAAAUGCAUUUGUUUCUUCAUUAGCAUUCCUCUUUCCAGCUGAUGAAAUUCCCGGGGCUUUUAGUGAAUGAAAGCCAAGUUUGGCUGAGGAAGCCAGUGAAGUCACAGACUGGUUCAAAAAGAAUUAUGUAUAUGGUGGGAUAAGAAGAUAGACAAUGGUGGUGGAUUUGAUCACUGGUAUUGUUUGUGGUCUGUAGUGAAUGCAUAUGGAAUGGAUUUCUGCAUACCCCAAAUAACAUGGCACAAACAAUGCGGGUAUUUAAUAGGGAAUGCUCUUGUUGGUGUGUUUUGAGCCAUAAAAGAAUUUCAGUUUCAAGAAAUACCAUGUAGAAAAUGUACCAUGUAGAAAAUGAAUGUGAACAUAUAUUCUGAGGCGUAUAAGGGAAAAAGCAGGUUGUAUUUUUUUAAACACUUCUUUGUGAUGCAAGAGUUCAAAAUACAGUUAAUGCUUGUGAAAGUCAGCCAGAUUUUAUGAGUUACCUCUUGUGCAACUGGCCAUAAUCUAUCCUUGUAGCACAAUCACAUGUCAAUUUUUCUUUUUUGUUGUCUUGUUUACUUGUCUCUUUUAAAUUGGUACGAGUAUUUUUUUCAUAAUUUGCUAUGCCAAUCAUUUCAUCUUUGCACCAUUUCCAAUACUGGAAGUAUAAACUAUGUAAAGACUUAGAUAAGAGUUCUAAUUCAUUUCAUGUGAUUUUUGUAAAUUUGACUCCAUGACAGCCCUCACAAAAUUGGUUUUCCACGUGAGCAAUGUGUGUGCACAUAAAAACCUUGUAACUGCCUCAAUAAGAGACGUCCUUUUUGUAUAUCUCCAUUUGUGAAAGAUAACAUUCUCUUGAUACAUGUUUAAGAUAUAAAGUGGCCUGUGAAUUAGUGUCCUGUUUUUAUGUUUC